AUAAACAAUCAACAAAAAAAAUUCGUCGACAGCUUUUUGGAUGAUUUUCUUUAAAAAUUAACUGAAAAUCAUGGCUUGCCGUCUUUGUUUGUGCAAAAUUGAGGACAUGCUGGAUCCAACGGGCUUCAAAACGACCUCCGAUAAGCAACUAAUGCGGCUCAUAAAACAAUAUUUCGGCUUUGAGAUGACGCGGGAUCCAAAAUUAUCCCAAAUUGUGUGCAAAUACUGCGCGGAAAGAAUAAAAUCUUUCAACCAGUACUGCGAAGAAGUCAGACAAAAUCAAACAAAGGUUCAAUACAUGAAAAUGGAUGUCGAUGAACCGGAAGAUUUCUUCACAGAACCAGUUCUGAACAUCAAAGAAGAAGAAGAACAAGAAAUUUACACGGAAAAGAUUUUAGUGGAGCAUCGUCCCAAAGUCGUUAAAUUCAAUAUCGAUCGAAUUUCGAGAUUUAUCGAUUUUGUGUGUGAAAUUUGUACGAGCCAAACGCAUUUUAAGGGAUUUUUGCCCUGGAAAUCUCACAUGAAAGACGUUCAUGGUAAUGAUCAGCCGACUUACAGUUGUUGCGAUGUGAAACUCAUCAACGAAAGGUCCUUUAUGGUGCAUAUCAAUCGAUAUCACGACCCCGUUUCAAGCGAUAAAUUACUUUUCGAGUGCGCGAUUUGCUUAAAACGCUUCAAACACAAGGCACGGAUACGAGCGCACAUGCAAGUCCACAUCCGACACGACGAAAACGGCUAUAAAUGCAAAAAAUGCGACGAACGGUUCUACAAAUCGAUUCAUUGGAGGACGCAUCAGUUGUUGCAUGAGCCAAACGCGCGAUUGGAAGACAUUUUAUUCCCGUGUCGCAAGUGCCCGUUGGAAUUUUCGAGCUCGAAAGACAUUCAGGUGCACAUGCGAAACGAUCACAAGAAGAAUUUUCUGUGUGAUUUGUGUGCCGAAGUCUUUCACGCGAAAUUUGUGUUGCAGGAACACGUCAGGAUGACACAUUCGGGGCCCGAGAAUCGAAGAGCGUUCCAAUGUCCGCAUUGCGGGAACGCUUUUUUGCGGAAAAAUAAUUUGACGAAUCAUAUUUCGUUGAUGCACACGCAAACGGGGAUCUAUCCGUGCAAUCAAUGUGACAAAAUUGCGAUUACGGAGAAGCAGUUGAAGAAUCACAUUGCGUUCACGCAUAAAACUGAUAGGAGAUUUGUUUGUACUUUUUGUCAGAAGGCGUUUAAGAGGAAGUGUGACAUGAUAGAUCACGAAAGUAUUCACACGGGAAAGCCCCUGCACAAGUGUCCAAAGUGCGAAAGGAUGUUUAAUAGCAAGUCUAAUAUGCAGUCACAUGCGAAACGGUGCAAAGACAGUCCAGAAGUUAAAUUUGAAUAAAAAUUAAUAAAAUUUUGAGUUUUUUUUAA